AUGGCAGUAGACAAAAACUCUGUUGAGAAGAGCAUGGCGGAGAGCCAGGUGGAGAAUGCUACCCAAAAUGAAACCCCGCAUGACAGGGCCAUGGCAAUCGAGCAUGUGGAAGGUGAAAUUUGGCCCGGCAUCAAUAGGCAAACAAUGUUGGCUUUCUUUGCCAUUUGCACCCAGCUGAGUGCCUACGAAUUGACCUUGAUCAUUCCUGCUGUCUCGGCUUCCUAUAUCAAUGCGGAGCUAGGGCCCAGCAAGAAUAUCGCCUGGAUUAAUAUCACCUGGACACUCGGAGCAUCAGUUCUCGUGAGCGUGGGAGGACGCUUGUCAGAUAUAUUUGGCCGCCGAAACUUUAUGCUUUGUGGAGCUGCCAUCUCUUUCAUCGGGACCAUUGUCGGGGCCACAGGGCAAAGCAUUGGCCAGAUGAUAGGUGCUGGUGUUAUGUUUGGAGUAGGAUCCGGGUUCCAAGAAAUGGGAUUUGCCUGCAUCAUGGAGUUCAUACCUAAUAAAUACAGGUUGACGGCGCUUGGACUCUAUGGAACAAGCGCAAUCAUGUGUCUCUUCUGUCCUCUCAUUACGUACGCUUUCAUUGCGCACACCAGCAUCGGCUGGCGAGGUGCAUAUUGGUACAUGUCAGGCUUUCAUGCAUUCGGUUUAGUGUGCAUGUUCUUUUUCUACAAGCCUCCAACAUUUGAAACAAAGCAUAAGGAGGACGGAGCAUCGAAGUGGAAGCUCGUUGCAGAGAUGGACUACGUUGGUCUAUUUCUUUUCACUGCUGGAUGUGUUUUGUUCCUGGUCGGGCUGAGUUUUGGCGGUAGGCAGUACCCAUGGCGGCAUGCUGCGGUCAUUGCGCCUAUCAUCGUGGGAUUCUUCCUGUUGGUUCUUCUCUUCAUUUGGGUAUUCAACGCCAACCUCAAAUAUCCGUUCCUUCCUCCUAAACUCUUCAGACAAUGGCGAGGAUACAACGUGCUGGUGGUUGUUGGAUUCUGCUGCGGCAUGCUGUACUACACAAAUGAACCAAUUUUGCGCGGGUUAUACGCAAAUGUUACCCUGAUGGGAACCUGGUUGUCACUCAUCUCGGUUUGGGUCGUGUGCGCCAGAUUUGGCCAUGAGAAGUACCAGAUACUCGUGUUCAUCUGUCUCCAGGUUAUCUUUAUCGGGGCUUUGUCUACACUAGAUAUUGGACAAAACGGCAAAGCCAUCGCCUUGGUCUUUCUCAUGUCCUGUGUAAUUAACCAACCUCUGUAUAUGCUUUUCAGCAUGGUAUCUCUCAACCUUGAUGAUCAAGCUGACAUGGGUGUGGCGAUCGGGGCAAUCUCAACAUUUCGUCUACUUGGUGGUGCAGUUGCCACUGCCAUUUACGGUUCGAUUGUAGACAAUCAGUUUGCAACAAGGCUGCCAGGCCAAGUCCAGAAAGCAAUUGCGGGCUCCGACUUCGAUACGUCUAACCUACGAGCCUUGAUCCAAGCAGCUGCUGUGAACACUGCCGCUGCCUAUGCAAAAGUCCCUGGUAUCACCGCCCAGAUCAUUACAACUGCUCAGUAUGCAGUCAAACGCUCGUACAUCCAGGCUUUCCAAGUGGUCUACUAUACCGCAUUGGGUUUCGCAUGUUUGGCCAUUCUUAGCGCUCUCUGCAUCAAAGACAUUGACCCUGCAAAGAAGACUUACGAAAAGGCUGUACAUUUGGAGAACGAGAAGGUUAAAUUAGCCCCUGACAAUGGUGGCAAAGAAGAAGUUUGA